GGGAAGAGUGAAUUCCUGCCUCCCUCGGGGGACCCAACCUCCGGGGCGUUGCCAAAGCUCUAAGGGGAAUUCUUCCAAGUGGGGUUUUUGUCCCCCUGUUUACUUGUCCUGCAGAGAAGAAUUUGUAAAUAAGAGUAAUCAUAACAUGCUAAUGAUAAUGAUAAAUAGAAGCCCAGACGGGUAUGCUUUGUCCAACAGUACUACUUCACCAGUAAAAAGCAUGAAAGUUUCUAAAAAUGUGCAGCUGCUAUUCUGAAAAUUCCAGUAAUGUGAAUAGGCUGUCAUGACACUUUGAGGGUGGGCAAUAAGAAAAUGAUACUUGCUUUUUCCAAAAAAGAGCAGAAGUUACACAAUCAAGGCUUCUCAUACUGCGCUAUUGUUUACUUUAGGAGUCUGAUAAGAUUGAAGUCACAAUGUGAAACUGUUGAUUUGAACCCAAAAGGGGACAAAACAUGGGCCUGAAGUCAGCAACUGUACCAUACUCCGGACUUGAAGCUAGAAACUAAAAGUAUAUGCACAUUGCCAGCCAGAUCUUUACCCUGCUUCUGACCAAGCUUCUGGAACGUGUGCUUCAAAUGCAUGCUCCUGGACAAUGGCACAGCAUGGUGUUUUCACUGAGGAAACAUUCUCCUCAACCAGGGCACCUGGGUGGCUCCGUUGGUGACGUGUCCAGCUCUUGGUUCGGCUUAGGUCAUGAUCUCACAGUUGGGCAUUCUUGUCAGGUACCAACUACGAGCUGGGCAGUCUGUCGGGUCACUUGAACCCUGGAGUGCAGGUAGAAAUACAGAAAAAAAGAUGAGCUGUAAGUCUAACAUGACAUACCAUGGAAGAGAGGCAACGGGAUUCCAGAGCUUGUGUUGACUUUCCUUCUCAUCUAAACAUCUGCAUAAAUUUGGAUUUUCAUGAGGUAUGGCCUGUGGAUGCAAGCUACUUUUAUCUCUGAGAAAAAGUACACUUUGUUGCUCGAAGGAGUAAAGGUUGAAAAUGUCCGCUUGGUAGAUCGAAUAUCUUCUAAAAAAGCAGCCCUAGGUACUUUGUAUUUGACGGCUACUCAUGUAAUAUUCGUGGAAAAUGCACCUGACACCAGAAAAGAAACAUGGAUUCUUCACAGUCAGAUUUCCACCAUUGAAAAACAGGCAACAGCCGCUACUGGGUGCCCUCUGCUGAUUCGCUGCAAGAACUUUCAGCUGUUACAGCUCAUCAUACCACAGGAAAGAGACUGCCAUGAUGUGUACAUCUCUCUCAUACGCCUUGCUCGGCCAGUGAAAUACGAGGAGUUAUACUGCUUUUCAUUCAACCCCAAGCUGGAUAAAGAAGAAAGAGAACAGGGCUGGAUGCUGAUCGAUCUCAGCGAAGAAUACAAGCGAAUGGGCCUCCCUAAUAAUUAUUGGCAGCUCAGCGAUGUGAAUAGAGACUACCGAGUUUGUGAUUCUUACCCUACUGAACUGUAUGUUCCCAAAUCGGCCACAGCACACAUCAUCGUGGGGAGUUCCAAAUUCCGGAGCAGACGGCGAUUUCCUGCCCUUUCUUACUACUAUAGAGAUAACCACGCCUCCAUCUGUCGGAGCAGCCAGCCUCUGUCCGGCUUCAGUGCCCGCUGCCUGGAGGACGAGCAGAUGCUUCAGGCCAUCAGGAAAGCCAAUCCAGGAAGUGACUUCAUUUACGUCGUGGACACUCGGCCCAAACUCAAUGCAAUGGCAAAUCGUGCCGCAGGGAAGGGCUAUGAGAACGAAGAUAACUACUCCAAUAUCAAGUUUCAGUUCAUCGGGAUAGAGAACAUCCACGUCAUGAGGAACAGUCUGCAAAAAAUGCUGGAAGUGUGCGAACUUAAAUCUCCCUCGAUGAGUGACUUUCUGUGGGGACUGGAGAACUCUGGCUGGUUAAGGCACAUUAAGGCCAUCAUGGAUGCAGGAAUCUUCAUUGCAAAGGCAGUCUCAGAGGAAGGGGUGAGUGUGCUGGUUCACUGUUCUGAUGGCUGGGACAGGACCGCCCAGGUGUGCUCGGUGGCCAGCCUCCUGCUCGAUCCGCAUUACCGGACUCUGAAGGGCUUCAUGGUAUUAAUUGAAAAGGACUGGAUUUCCUUUGGUCAUAAAUUUAAUCACAGAUAUGGCAAUCUAGAUGGUGAUCCAAAAGAAAUCUCUCCAGUUAUCGAUCAGUUCAUCGAAUGUGUCUGGCAGUUAAUGGAGCAAUUUCCCUGUGCCUUUGAGUUCAAUGAGAGAUUUCUGAUUCACAUUCAACAUCACAUUUAUUCCUGCCAGUUUGGAAACUUGCUAUGUAACAGCCAGAAGGAGCGACAAGAACUCAGAAUUCAAGAAAGAACAUACUCUUUAUGGGCUCACCUGUGGAAGAAUCGGGCCGACUACAUGAAUCCUCUAUUUAGGGACGAUCACAGCCAGACCAGGGGAACCCUUCGUCUCCCCACAACGCCGUGCAACUUCCUGUACAAGUUUUGGAGUGGGAUGUACAACCGCUUCGAAAAGGGGCUGCAGCCCCGACAGUCUGUUACCGAUUACCUCAUGGCGGUGAAGGAGGAAACCCAGCAGCUGGAGGAAGAACGAGAGGCCCUAGAAGAAAGGCUGGAAAAAAUUCAGAAAGUCCAGUUAAAUCACACUAAAGUGAAGGCUAAGCAAAGCGAACCCAGCAAACACUCAGGGUUUUCUACCUCAGACAACAGCACAGCCAACACUCCCCAGGAUUACAGUGGAAACAUGAAAUCCUUUCCAUCCAGGAGUCCUUCACAAGGUGAUGAAGAUUCUGCUCUCAUUCUAACCCAAGACAAUUUGAAAAGCUCAGAUCCGGAUCUGUCGGCCAACAGCGAUCAAGAGUCCGGGGUGGAGGACUUGAGCUGUCGGUCCCCAAGUGGUGGGGAGUGUGCACCAAGCGAAGACAGUGGCAAGGACCGUGAUUCUGACGAAGCUGUGUUUCUCACUGCCUGAAGUUUCUCUGUGGAGUUCCAAAAUAAAGGACACACAAGAAACACUUUCCAAAAAGAAGGGAGCAGUGCAAUUCAAAAUAAAAAAAUCAUUCAAGAAAUGGUACAUGUCUUUGAGAAUUAUAAAACGUAGCAAUGGAAAGGGAAAAAAAAGUCCAGCUUUUACUUUCUUUACAUGCUGAAGAACAGCAAGUAGCCAUUUCUUUUACCAACCAUAUAUAAGGAAAAGUUAUUCCCCAUUUUUAGUUCUGGAUUCUGAAAGUUUUGUUUACUACAUAGCGCUGACCUCUUCUAUCACCUGAGUUAUUGGCACAGAUCUUCCUUUCACAGCAUGCAUCUGCUCAGAAUGCCGACCCCUUCUCCCCCACCUGCUGUCCUCAGCCCUCACCCUUAUUUCACUCCCAGAUACGUAUUUUGUUUUCGAAAUCCCUUGACAUUGCCUUCCUCCCUCUGUUAUCGGUAUUUCUAGUAAUGGAGCACCCGGCAGAAACAUACCCCUUGUGGUUAGCAGAUGUCUCUGUAACUGACGAGGUCUGUAAUUGCUUGAGCUUUUCAGGUUUCACAAUCACUUUAACUUUUCUUUAGAUAAUAUAUUUUGAACUGUUAAUAAUAAUCUUGUUGCCUUUUUCUGCAAUCUCAUCAUUUAAAAAUUGCUGAAACUUAUAACUCACUUUCUCUAACGGGUCUAAUACCUAAUAAAAUAGAAAUAACA